AGAGAGCAGUAAAAAGGAAGCAGCAGUAACAACUGAUACCCUCUCUGUAAGGAAAGGAUAUCUCCUGACAUCUCUAGGAAGAAAUAUAAGAAAAGACCAAGUUUCCUUUAUAACUGAGAGCAAAUCCCAAAAUCAUGAGAAUUUCAAUAUGUCUGUCUCUCUUCCCAACCCCCACCUCCCAAUUUAGUGAAAUUUCCAAGAAAUCAUUAAAGCAGAACCUCUUGCACCUUGAAUGCCAUUUUACUUGGAUAUUGCUGAAGGAGGACGUAGACCUUGAUGAAUUAGAGGAAAGGAUUGCUGUGCAGAUUAACUUUUUACCGACCAGAUCCAAAGUCCGAAAUUAUAACUUGCUGGCCUAUGUGAAAUACUUGAAUGGCAAGAAGGAGGAGGCCCUGGAAAAUUUACAGAAGGCUGAAGAGACUGUUAAAACAGAGUACCCAGAAGAAAUUGAAAUGAGAAGUCUUGUUACAUGGGGCAACUAUGCUUGGGUCUACUACCGCAUGGAUAAACUUACAGAAGUACAAACCUACAUAAAGAAGGUGGAAAGUAUCUGCAAGCAACACGGACAUGGCUCCCCUUAUAAGAUGAAACAUCCACAAGUCUACUGUGAAAAGGGGUGGGCAUUCCUAAAAUUUGGGGGAAAGUAUUACAAAAAAGCCAAGGAGAGCUUUGCAAAGGCACUGGAAGAAGAAGCCGAGAACCCUGAAUAUAAUUCUGGCUAUGCAAUCACAGUAUACCGCCUAGAGGAUUAUUGUGAAAGAAAAUCUGCAGCAGAAGGGUCCUCACUGGAACCCUUGAAGAAGGCAGUAAAGCUGAAUCCAGAUGAUCCAUUUGUUGUACCCCUCCUUGCAUUAAAGCUGCAGGAGAUAGACAAAGCUAAAGAGGGGGAAGAGUACAUCAAGAAAGCCCUUGGAAAACACCCAGAUAUCUCUUAUGUGCUGAGGUAUGCUGCCAUAUUUUACAGGAAAAAGGGUGAUGUGGAAAGAGCCCUGGAGCUUUUGAAGAAAGCACUGAGCUUGACACCAAAUUCAGGCUUCCUGCAUCACCAGACAGGGAUUUGCUAUAGAACACAGUAUUUUAAAAUUAAAGCAUCAAAAGGCACCCAUCAAGACAGAGAACAGUUGGCAGAACUGAUCAGACUGGGCAUUUUUCAUUUCAUAAAGGUGGUGGAGCACAAAACCAAAUUUUUCUAUGCUUAUCUAGACCUUGCAAGCAUGUAUGCAGAAGGCAAAGAGCUCCAAAAAGCAGAAGAAACUUUUCAGAAAGCAUUUGCAAUGAAGAACUUAACUGAUACAGAAAAACAGCAGUUCCACUUUGGUUAUGGCCGCUUUCAGGCAUUUCACAAAAGAUCAGAAUCUGAGGCUGUUAAACACUACCUGGCAGGGCUAAAAAUUGAAAAUGAAUCAUUUGAGAGAAAUAAGUGCAAAUAUUACUUGAAGACGUUAAUAGAAAAGAAAAGCAUGAGAGGAUCAACAGAUGCUAAGAGUUUGGGCAUUCUUGGAUUCAUUCACCAACUUGAUGGGGAAAAGUUGCUAGCUAUUGGGUGCUAUGAACAAGCCCUGAAAAUGGAUCACGAUAAUCAAGAAUAUCUCAGUGCUCUUUUAGACUUGAGGCUUUCCUUACAAACCUAAAAUUUUCCAGAUGUGCUUAUAUGGUCUUCAGUCAAUGUUAUUUUUUUUAAAAAGUAACACCUGUCACUCAAAAUUUCUUUAUUCCCUAGUAAAUCCCUUACAGUCCAUGCUAUUUCUUUGAAGCAAUUUGGUUGAAGAAGAUUUAGCCAUCUGAUUUUGCAGAUUUAUUAUCACAUAUGGAUGCCUUAAGAGCUUGCUGCAUCAGAUUUUUGAUUUGGGUAGUUUCAGGCCUAUUUAAAAAUAGGAUAUGUGUAAAUUAACCUCAGGAAUCCAUCAAUGUAUUUUUAUUAUACUCUUUUCAGUGCAUUAAAGAUACUUGUGCUGUGUGUUGGAUUUGUGAUGGAUCUGCAUAGCUGAAAUUAACUCUAAGAACGUGGGACCUGAGGGACCGCUUACACCCAUAUGUACCUGCCCGGGAUUUAAGAUCAUCUGCCUCUGGUCUCCUCUGCGUGCCUGGAGUGAAAGAUGUUAGACUGACAGGCACAUGGGGAGAGCUUUUUCAGCUGUGGCCCCCAAGCUUUGGAACACCUUACCCCAAGAAGUCCACUCUGCUCCCCCCCCCGAUGGUUUUCUGGAGACUUCUGAAAAUGAUAUUGUUCCGGAGAGCCUUUGGGAGGGACUGAAUGUAGAGCCUGACAGUGAUUUUAUGAUUUUAUGCCUUCUACAUUAAAUUUUACCCUUGCAGUCCACUUUAGUACCACUCCCUAUAUAUAUAUGAACCUAAUUGUGAUUAACCAAACAGAGGUUUUUAUUAUAUUAACAAAACGUUUCAGCUUCCGCCUUCAUCAGCUACCAACAUACGAAUGCUGUUACCAAGGUCAUUAUAUUUACAAUUUUAUUAUGUACGUGUUUGAUUUUAGUUUUAUAAGCCACCCUGAGUGCCCUAUUAUAGGGUGGAAGGGUGGGAUAGAAAUAUUUUAAAUAAAUAAAAGGUGACCUUUCCAAUUGUAUCUGCCAGCAGCAUAUAGUAAGAACCAUUUAUGAAUCUGUAAUAUAUGGAUUUCUUACUCAUCUUUGAAGUACGUGCUUAACUGUAAGGCAUUCAGUGUUGCUUUUAUUAACAGCAUGUUUGUGGUGCUGAUGAUAGGAAUUAUACAAAUUAAAUGUGUGUAUUAAAGUAGUUAGUGCUUGUAGGUUAGGCUGAACUGUGUGACUGGAGGAGCUUAAGGGCAAGACUGGUUUGAAGGCCCUUGAUCUCCCUUGUCCAAGCCGAACCCCUCCACCAUCCCAGCUUGCCAGAAUGUUGGUAAAUAUAUUACAAAAUCAAAGUUAAGUAUAAUGUAACAAGGACAAUCUGAAAAUUAUCAUCACACAACUUAUAAGUGCAACCUCUGCAGUUUACAACAAAGAAACACGCAAGCAUGCAUUUUGCAAGUCUAAAACUGUAGCUUUCAAACACCAGAUUUUUCUGUUCAUGUGGAUGUUCUCCUUGUUCUGGGGUUUCUGGUUGCUAUUGUUUUGCCCUCAUUCCCUUCUCCCAGACCUGUUUUGCCCCAUCUGUAUAAUGUAAUAAAAUAAAAAACCUUG